AUGUUCCACAAAGAGAUCAGCGAGAACAAAGGCGCCGUGCACCAAAGCACUGAAGGACACAAGUUCUUUGUCGAGGCUCUACGAUCGGUCCUCGACAACCUCCAUGCAGCAAGAAGGGCUAGUGCCAAUGGAAAAGCAGAUCGCGAUAGUGCUAGCACUGCCUUAGCUCCUGCUGACCCUUCUAUUGUCAACAAAUUUGACGCCCUCAAUGUCAAGGACUCCGACCUCAAUGUCAAGGACUCCGACACAAAAGCUUGCGGGGAUACUGUCUACGACACUGCUGACGAGAUAGUUGUGGACACAAAUUCAAAGCAUUCGUCUGAGCCUAGCAACGGCGGUACUGUAGAGAUCGAAGAUGAUAUUGGUGCGAACAGUGUCGCACUCUUCUCUUUCCUCAAGAAGACCAGCUGCGUCAGGCGCAGACUUCGAAAGAUAUGGCAGAAGUACAAGACCGGUGAGAUCUCAUUCACACACCCAGCAAUAGUAACGGAAGCUGGCAUCGUGAUGUUGCGGCAGAGUGCCAGCGGGUUGAUGCUCGACUUUCCAGAAUUCAAUGACUUUGGGAAUGUGGCCGACUUCUUGCGGACCACCGCGACCGUUAUGCCAGGCACGAGUUGUGCGAGUUCCAUGAGCAUCUUCGACGAGUGCGACGACGACGAGAGCUUGGAAGUCGUGGCCUCAAACGAUUACCGGUGUGCAUCGGCUUGGCUGACGAUCAAACUGAUUAUGGAGGAGAUGACAGCAAAACGAUCUGGGAAGCGUAAGAAGCAGCAGAAGCAGCAGAAGAAGAGCAAAUAUAUCUGCAUUGAUGCUGGACACCCUUUCGGCAGAGUACUGUCGAACGCGACGCCUCACAUACGUGCGGCUGCCGCAGUCUGGGCUCGAGAUCAAGACUACGGUGGCGUGGAUCUUUUCACUUCUAUGUACGCGGCUUUCCUCAACGAUCACAAGUCCGGUGUUAGUCUGCUACUUGUGGUUACACUUCAGAUCCAACAGGAUAUCUUCGAUCUUCUGGGCCCUGCCACACUACACCUCGAAACAACAUUUCAUCAAACUGUGGACCGCAUCACUCGUGCAUACUACACCUUAGAACAGUGGAACCCCGAUCCCAGGACACAAGACGAUCGAGAGUAUCGCACUCGACUCGAGAAGCACAUAAAGAAGUCUCAUGGUCUACUUCUGGGUACCGACACGCGCGUCCGACCGGACGCCAGCUUGUCUUCAUUGUUUGAGCACUUCCCCGUCUUGGUUGGCUGCUCAAUCAGACUGCUUAGCGACCUGUCCUUUAUCGGAGCCUCAGAUCCUACGCCUGGCUUGUCGAUGGCCAACGCCUUCAGCAUGGCUAUGGGAGUGCAGCUUGGCCAAUACUCAGAUGCAAAUAUUACGCGAGAUGCGAAGCCGUGGCUGAAGGUGGAUCUGCUAUCCAAGGACCAGUCAGCCUUUAGUGCUAUGCCUCAAGUCUGGCACGCGGUACAUGCGGAUCCGAGUUACCCUUCCGUCGCUGCCACUGUUCUGCCAUUCAUGGCAACACUAAAGUCUGCUCAGGUCCCGAAUUUGGAGCAGUACGUGCAAAAGAAGUUGGAUGCAGGUCAGACAUUAUCCACGCCUGAGCUCUUGUCAGCUCUGGAAACGUCUUUAUCGAACGACGAAGAAGCACUGAAAUUCAGCACUCAAUCAAUCUUCAGGGAGGUGACUUUCGUGUUCGACCACAUCCGGAAGACCUUAGUGGCGCGACUCUCGAGCCUCUACCACGAUGGCGACGAUCACAUGUCGACUUACAAGAAGCUCGUAAACUCGAUUCUGGGGCUGAAAGUCGUCGCCGAAGCGAUCAAGCAGAUAAUUACCGGUAGAGAGGACUACGCUUGCCACGAGCUUGACGAAGAAGCGUCCGAUGGGAUUAUGGAGCCCGGAGAGCUGCGUGAUGUGGAGGAAAAGUUUGCGGCACUAGAAGCACGCACCACAGAAGUCAGAGUGGUUCUGACAGGGAGUGUUCUAACGAUAGGUGAAGACGGAGAGUCGGGUAGCAAAGCUCAGGGUUCGGACGACGAGGCAACAGAAAAUGGAGGCACGCUACAGGACACUGCUGCUAUUAGCGAGCCAGGCGAGAAUCAGAAGAAGCGAGGCUCCAAGACGAAAAAGGGAACGAAGGGAGGGAAGUAG